AUGGGUGUGCCGAAAUUUUUCAGAUAUAUCAGCGAGAGAUAUCCUUGCCUUAGCGAGGUCAUAAAGGAACAUCAGAUACCAGAAUUCGAUUAUUUAUAUUUGGACAUGAACGGUAUCAUACAUGCAUGUUCCCAUCCGAGUGAUGAUGUUUGUUUUCGCAUCUCGGAGGAAAUGAUUUUUAAAAAUAUAUUUCACUAUAUAGAGGUAUUAUUUAACAUGAUUCGCCCACAAAAGUUGUUUUUCAUGGCGAUCGAUGGUGUAGCACCUAGAGCUAAAAUCAAUCAGCAAAGAGGUCGACGUUUUAGAUCGGCCAAAGAUGCCGAGGUACAAGAGGCUAAAGCCUUAGCCAAGGGUAUUCCAAUACCUAAUGAGAAAAGAUUUGAUUCAAAUUGCAUAACCCCGGGAACACUUUUUAUGGCUCAACUGGGCGAGCAGCUCAAACGUUUUGUCGAACAUAAGAUUUCGACUGAUGAUGCAUGGAAAAAGUGUAAAGUAUUAUUUAGUGGCUCUGAGGUUCCUGGUGAGGGAGAACAUAAGAUUAUGGAUUAUAUAAGAUAUAUGAAAGCAAGCAAGGAUUAUGACAGUAACUCUAGGCAUUGUUUAUAUGGCCUAGAUGCCGAUUUAAUAAUGUUAGGGCUCUGUUCUCACGAGCCAAAUUUCUCUCUUUUGAGGGAGGAAGUCAAAUUUGGUAAACAGCAAGUGAAAACUACUCCUGAGGAGACAAAGUUCUGUCUCCUUCAUCUAUCGCUUUUGCGAGAAUACAUAGAGCACGAAUUUUCACCACUUAAAAAUAAGCUAUCUUUCCCAUUUGAUAUCGAGAAAAUAAUUGAUGACUGGGUUUUAAUGGGUUUUCUUGUGGGAAACGAUUUUAUUCCCCAUCUGCCAAAUUUACAUAUUGCUAAUGGUGCACUGCCAAUUCUGUACCGUGCAUAUAUGGAAGUAUUACCAACGCUAGAAGGUUACAUAAAUGAAGUGGGAACGUUAAAGCUUGAUCGUUUUGAAAAAUUUAUGGAGAAACUUAGUCGCUUAGAUGUAGAACAGUUUAACGAGCAAUACGCUGAUAUAAAGUUUUUUGAAAGUAAAACAGGUAGAAGGCCCAAUGAAUCUGAACGUCAUGUAUAUAAGAAAUCAGAAGACAGUGAUACUGCAUCUCCGAAGAAAACACAAAAUAAAGAUUUAGAUGCUCUUAUUAAGAGUACUGCGGAGAUGUCCUUAGGUAAUUUUGACGAUGAUGAUAUCUUUAUAGAAGAUAGAGAUAUGGAUUUAAUAGAUGACGAAUCUGAUAGUGAUAUAUAUAACAUGGAAUUUGUACAACAUAAAAGAGAUUAUUAUAUGAAUAAAUUAGAAUAUGAAAACGUCGAUGAAGAAGUUUUACGUUCGCAGGCCGAAGGCUAUGUGAGAGCGAUACAGUGGAAUUUGCAUUAUUAUUAUCAUGGCUGUUGCAGUUGGUCAUGGUAUUAUCCACACCAUUAUGCUCCGUAUAUCUCAGACAUAAAAGACUUCAAGGAUUUGAAGUUGGAAUUCGAAUUGGGAGAACCUUUCUUACCUUUUCAACAACUGUUAGCUGUUUUACCUGCAUAUAGCAAGGAUCUGUUACCAGAGGCAUUUCAAUCGCUAUUAAUAGAGGAAUCUUCUCCUAUUAUCAAUUAUUAUCCACAUAAUUUUAAAACAGAUCUAAAUGGAAAGCGGCAGGAAUGGGAAGCAGUUGUACUUAUUCCUUUCAUUGAUGAAAAACUGUUGUUGUCUGCCAUGCAACCGCAUUUAUCGAAAUUAACAACUGAAGAACGAGCAAGGAACAAUCAUGGACCAAUGUGUCUAUAUUCAUAUACCGAAGAAAUCCGAAGUGUUCACAAGGCGACAGUAUACUUUCCAGAAUUCGUUAGUCAUGCUCAAGUAAAAUUGAUGAAUCGCGAUGAUAUUUUCGUCCCAAGAGAACAAUUAAUUAGAGGAUUGUCUCCAGAUUUUAAUCUCAAUCUUUAUUAUCCAGGAUUUCCUAUAUUGCGACACUUGAAUCAUGUAGCGCAUUUAGAAAAAGCCAAAGUCAAAGUAUUUCAACAACAUUCAAUUGGAGAAAAUAUGAUUUUAACUAUAAUAUCAAAGCCAACACCUAAUCUGACAACUUUGGCGUCGGAUCUAUUGGGGCAUAGUGUUUAUGUGGAAUGGCCUCAUUUAAAAGAAGCUCUUGUAAUUGGCGUGGCCGAUUGUGAUACGAAACUUAGUUUGAUCGAUCCAUUAAGCAGUUACAACCAAGAUAAUUUGAAGAAAGAAGAUGUGAAAGGCACUUUACUUGCGGAAUGGAAAGAACACAAGAAACAAAUCAAAGACAUAUACAUGUCUCGUCUUGGAAUAGAUAUAGGUGAAACGGACGUAUUGCUUUACGUUCGUUUAUUCCUGGGUAACAAAUAUAUUUUCGGUAGUCAAGGAAAAGUCACAAUUGAAAAACAGUGGAAUGAUUAUCCUGCUGUUUAUGCUUAUCAAACUAUAGUCAAAGAUCUUUUUGUCUAUCGUGAGAAAUUACCAGUCUACGAAACUAUGCAUGAUAUUUUUAUACCAGGAAGCUUCUGUUUCAUGCUGGGACAUCCAUAUUAUGGUGCAAUGGGAGAGGUUAUUCAAAAUAAGGAUAGUUCAAAAUCACGUAGAAUUAAAAUUUCUAUAAAAGCUAUAAGGGAGCCUGCAUUUGAGUUCAUUAAACAAGCCUAUGCGCAACAGAAGACUCGGUAUAUGCACGGUAGUAUUGCUGCGCAACGUCUUGGAAUAAGCAGUCAUCUUUUGAGUAGAAUUACUGGGACAAUUUAUGUUAUACAACCAUCGAAGGAUGAACUUUCUAAAUACAAUCUUGGAUUGAACCUAAAGUUUAAUAAAAGGAAUGAGGAGGUACCUGGUUAUACUAGAAAGGAGAAUAGUCAAUGGUUAUAUAGCACGAAAGCAAUCGAACUAAUUCGAAAUUACAUGGUGAAAUGUCCAAACUUGUUCGAACGUUUGGCACAAAAUGUAACGAAUGAUAUUUUCCAAGAGGAAGAAUUAUUCGAGAAAGGAUCGGAUGGGUUGAAAGAUACAGUUGCAUGGCUGAAAACAGAAUUACAUGAUAUGGAAAGUCGCCCUUGCGGUAUGGAGGUCAUCGAAACAGACUUGAUAAAACAGAUUGAGGAAGAAACAGAGGAACACUUGAAGAUUUCCGAAACGGCAAAAGUAGUCUUCAUGCAAGUGAAGCCGCAAUUACUUUAUAAACCGGGUUUACAUAUGCGCAGCGUGCCGCCCGAUCCAAAUUCUCAAAAUCGUUUGUUCGAUAGAAUUCGCUGUGUCAGAAGCGGCUUUAGUGUACCGCUCGGAGAAAAAGGGACUAUCAUAGGAAUACGAAAGGGGAACAAUCCAGCAGAUACCAUGUAUGAUGUUUUGUUCGAUAAGCCAUUCAUUGGUGGACUUACUUUACAUGGUUGUUCUCAAUUUCGCGGUUACCGUUUGGCACCUACGGAUUUCAUAAACAUCAGCUUCGGCGAAAGAACAGAACAGGGAAAUCCGGCGAAUGAAUCGUUAGAUUGCCGAAAGCAAGCGGCGAAUUCCGUUUCUCCUAACAACAAGAAAGAGCAAUCAUUAAAGGCAUAUCCGCAAAUGCAGCUUGCUAAGAAGGGGCUCGAAAAAUUGAGUCGCGAUAUUCGCUUGGGUAUGCAACACGGCUCGGCAGAAUUAAGUCCAAAAACAAUACCGUACAAAGCGGUUCCUCAGAAUCCUCAGAAUACGCCGCCUAAUCAAACGUCUGAGUUCCAAGCGUUAUGGAAUGAACUGCACAAGAUACAGAAGCCGAACGGACCGCCAGAAAAAGCAACAUCCAGUCCAAUGCCGACAAAAGUCAAGCCGUUUAGCAACAAUCAUAAUACACAAUCGCUGCAAGAUCCUAGUGCGUUCUUGAAAGCUAUGCUAAAGAUUCCUGAUGUAAAUGCACAAACGAGUAAGCAACAAAAUAAACAACCAACGCCGCAGCUCGUGACGGCGCCUCAGAAAGUAACGGAAAAAGAGCAAACUUUGGAUCCUCCACCUUUGGUGCAACAACUAUUCGAUCACGCUCGACGAACAGAACAGAAAAAAGCAAAUCCAGUCUGGUAUACAACACAAUUGUUAAGACACUUCUCGUAUAAUGGAGCUGGCAUACCAAAAUAUAAUUAUGUUAAUGACGACAAAACAGGAUUAAUUACUGCUAACGUUAUGGUGGAAAAUGCAAAGAUUUUUAAGGGUGAUCCAAGUACCAGUCAUGAACAAGCCGCAGAAAGUGCUGCGAAAAAAGCGUACAAGGCAUUAAAUUUGAAUAAGGCAUCUGCGCAUGAUGCAAAAAUACCAAUGGCACCUCGACAACAGUGGUUUAAUACUCAACAGAACAACUGGAUUCAGAAUAUCCGACCUCCUGUAAUGCCUCCUGCCAUGAAUCAGAUGAAAAUGCCGCCAGUUCCACAGACUGUGCCCAUGCAGCCUAAUUUAUUUUAUCCAAAGUGGAAUCUAAAAUUGCCACCGAAUCCAGCGUUCGGACAGAUCGCGUCGUAUAGCCAAGGCAGGCAACAGCAAGUGAAACACCAAGGGCAAUCAAAAAGUUCUCAGAACGGUUCGAAGGUGGAGAUUAAAAACAGUACCGCGUUUGUUCCGUUGCAAGCUCAGAAAAAGAGUAGAAAUGCUAGUGUACAGCAAACCUCAAAGGAAACGAAUUCAAAUGUCAAAAAGAGUUCCAGUCCUAAACAGCAGCAGCAACAGCAGAAGAAACCAGAUGAAAUACCCAAGAGACAGAAAUCGGAAUUUGUAAAUAAAGCCAAGGAGAAGACGUCGAAUGAGCCGCAGCAACAGUCGUCACAACAGCCGUCGCAACAAACGCAGCAAAAUACAGGGAAAUCGUCCAAACCCAGGAAAUCACGCGUCGCCGCGAAAUUCGGCGCACCACCUUUGUCAAACGGCGGUGAACCGCCCAAGUGAAAACUCUGCUUUGUCUUUGGAUGAAGCAAUCUUUGCAAAUUAUAUGAAUAUUUUCAGUUUGUAACAUUGGACUGCAGAAAUCGAUUGAUUUUAUUUUAUAAUAAUGCAUCAUGCGAUUUUUAUUGCGACGUAUUUAUCAAUUUGCAUAUAGGCAUUUAAUGUGAAGCAGCAUUAUGUAAGUGAUAUAUAUAUAUAUUUCAAAUAUUGUGAAAAAGUGAUAUUUAAGUGCGUAAAUAGAAAUGUAUAUCUUCGACGAAAUUUGUCUGUUCCUUCUUUCUUUGUACUAUUAACGAAGCAGAAAUCAAAAUAGAGAAACAAAACUCUAAAGUGUUUCGAUUUUAUUGUACAAUAAAGAAAGCACAGAACACAAAUUGUGUGCUAAAUAUAUUUGUAA